GUCAUAUUGUUCCUGCGUCGCGCUAGCUUGCCUGAAGUUGUCAAAAUGGCGUUGUUCGUAGUGGGGGAUUGCAGUUAGUUCAUAUUAUUCAGUCACGUUAAUUCAUUUAUCGGGGAACACACGGCACGUUUGCCACGGACAGCAUGGCAACCCUGGAUCAGAAAUCACCCAAUGUCCUCCUCCAAAGCCUGUGCUGCAGAAUCACGGGGAAAAGCGAAGCUGAAGUUGCCCACCAGUUCCAGUAUGCCGUACGAGUCAUUGGCAGUAACUAUGCCCCCACUAUUGAACGAGACGAGUUCCUGGUGUCAGAGAAGAUCAAGAAAGAGCUGCUGAAGCAGCGGAGAGAAGCAGAUGCAGCUCUGUUUUCAGAGUUGCACCGAAAACUUCAGACACAGGCUGUUCUAAAGCAUCGCUGGUCGGUUCUCUACUUGUUGCUUAGCCUUUCUGAAGACCCCCGCAAACCAUCCAGCAGGGUUGGAAACUAUGGGGCACUGUUUGCCCAAGCCCUCCCCAGGGACGCCCACUCCACCCCAUUCUAUUGCACCCGUCCCCAGAGCCUGGCCCUGGGCUAUGGGGAGAGAAGCGCCGGCCUGUCGGCAAGUGUCGGGACCAGUGGGAUUUCCAGUCUAGGAGUUUACACACUGAACGGACCUACACCAACACCGCAGUCACUGCUGGCAGGUCAGCCACCUCAGCCUGCAGCUGGAGGCGGUCAGCCUCUGGGUUCACGGUUAGCCUGGACUCUUCCUGUAAGCUCCUCUCCCAGCUCCGCUCUGGUUCCGCCCACUGCUCGGCCACCCCUCGGGCCUCCAGUUCCCACUGCCAGAGUGGUGCGUCCUCGCCGAGAUGGUGAUGUAGCCGGUGAGGUGAGCGAGGCAGCGUUGGUGCGGGACAUCCUUUAUGUCUUCCAGGGAAUUGAUGGCAAGUUCAUCAAGAUGAGCGCGCAGGAUAAUUGCUACAAAAUAGACAGCAAGGUGGUGCUGUGCAAGUCCCUCAGGGACACCAGCAGCAGACUGGCUGAACUUGGCUGGCUGCACAACAAAGUCAGGAAGUACACUGAUGCCAGGAGCCUCGACCGGGCCUUUGGAUUGGUUGGACAGAGCUUUUGUGCCUCGCUCCACCAGGAGCUAAAGGAGUACUACAGGCUCCUCUCUGUCCUCCACUCACAGUUGCAGGUGGAGGAUGACCAGGGUGUGAACGUGUGCACAGAGAGCAGUUUGACCCUCAGGAGGCUACUGGUCUGGAUGUACGACCCUAAAGUCCGGCUCAAAACGCUCGCUGCCCUCGUCGACUUCUGCCAGGGUCGUAAGGGAGGCGAGCUGGCUUCAGCAGUUCAUGCCUACGGGAAAACGGGAGACCCACAGAUGAGAGCGCUUGUUCAACACAUCCUCAGCCUGGUGUCACACCCCAUUCUCAACUUCCUCUACAGGUGGAUAUAUGACGGGGAGUUAGAAGACACCUACCACGAGUUCUUUGUAGCAUCAGAUCCCAACGUGAAGACCGAUCGUCUGUGGCAUGACAAGUACUCCCUCAGGAAGUCGAUGAUCCCCUCGUUCAUCACCAUGGACCAGGCCCGCAAGGUUCUGCUGAUCGGCAAAUCCAUCAACUUCCUGCAUCAGGUCUGUCAUGAUAGAACGCCACCAGGCAAAAUCACGGCAGCGUCCAAAUCCGCAGACACUCCGAAAGAUGCUGCAGAUCUGCUGUCAGACCUGGAGGGAGCGUUCCAGGAGAAAAUCGACGCGGCCUACUUCGACACCAGCAAGUACCUGCUGGAUGUUCUCAACCGUAACUACCAGUUACUGGAGCACUUGCAAGCCAUGAGGAGAUACCUGCUGCUGGGCCAGGGAGACUUCAUCAGACACCUCAUGGACCUGCUGAAACCGGAGUUGGCCCGUCCUGCCACCACUUUGUACCAACACAAUCUGACUGGUAUCUUGGAGACAGCAGUCAGAGCCACCAACGCCCAGUUUGACAACGCAGAGAUCCUCAAGAGGCUGGAUGUACGCCUGCUAGAGGUUUCUCCUGGUGAUACAGGCUGGGAUGUUUUCAGUCUGGACUACCAUGUUGAUGGACCGAUUUCAACGGUAUUUACAAGGGAGUGCAUGGGCCACUACUUGCGGGUGUUCAAUUUCCUGUGGAGGGCCAAGAGGAUGGAGUACACGCUGACUGACAUCUGGAAGGGACAGAUGUGUAAUGCCAAGUUGCUCAAAACCAUGCCUGAGUUGUCCGGCGUGCUGCAUCAGUGUCACAUCCUGGCCUCCGAUAUGGUCCACUUCAUCCACCAAAUGCAGUACUACAUCACGUUUGAGGUGUUGGAGUGCUCCUGGGACGAGCUGUGGAACAAAGUGCAGCAGGCUCAGGACCUCGACCACAUAAUCGCUGCCCACGAAGUCUUCCUGGACACCAUUAUUUCAAGAUGCCUGCUGGACAAUAACAGCAGGUCUCUUUUGAACCAGCUGAGGGCCAUAUUUGACCAGAUUAUCGAGUUUCAGAACGCGCAGGACUCCCUCUACCGCUCAGCGCUGGAGGAGCUCAGCCUCCGGCUUCAGUAUGAAGAGAAGAAGCGGCAGAGAGAGGAGGAGGGUCAGUGGGGAGUGACAGCCGAGCAGGAAGCAGAGGAGAAGAAGAGGAUUGCAGAGUUCCAGGAAACCAUACCAAAGAUGCGCUCGCAGCUCCGGAUCCUAACACACUUCUACCAGAGCAUCGUCCAGCAGUUUCUGGUGUUGCUCACGACCAGUUCUGAUGAGAGCCUCCGCUUCCUCAGCUUCAGAUUGGACUUCAAUGAGCACUACAGGGCCAGAGAGCCGAGGCUGCGAGCCUCAAUCGGCGCCACCCGGGGGCGACGACUGUCAAACAUCUGAUACGGCGACAGCAGCACUGACGAGGCUUCCCACUUUGGAGCACGUGGCGUGACAUCACAGACGCAGGCCGGACAGCAGACCUUAGCCGCUUUUGUGUCGAGGCGAUGAUGUCAUGCCUUGGAGGAGCGAUCCAGAAACCAUUCUGGUGUCGCCGCAGCGGCGGCGGUUGCCAAGUGAUGACAUCACAGCAGACGGCUCCAAUGAAAUCAGCUGAGCGGGAUCACAAAGGAAGCAAGUCCGGUAAAGUCCAGCGCUCGAAUUUCAGCAAGAAUUCUGCAAAUUCUAAAUCAACUUUGGGCAAACUGCGAGUGUGAGGAGGUAACGAACGCUGCUGUCAGACUGAGAUCUCCCCACCCCGAGUAACACUGGGCCGCCUUCCAUGGCGUGCCUUAUUAAUGAGAAAACAACAAAACCUUUUUCUCUCAGCGCGGCUGCCAAAUCUAGUCCCAACACACGUAAUGUAUGUACAUAGAGGUUAUGCAAAAAUGUCUGUACGUGUAUGCGCAUCUGUACACAUCGAUACCUGUGGCUCUCCAUGCUCUCACUAGGGUUCGGCUGAUAAGGCUCUGAUAUUCAUAAUAGUGUCAGUUUUGUGUUUGAUUGGCACACCCAUAUAUCAGCCUAACCCUAGUGUCUCUCCACUCUCUCCUUCUUACAGUGCAGGGUUUUUUGUUUUUUAGUUUGAGGUCAGCUUGAUCACAAACACACAACAACACACACUCAGACGGUUCUGCCUGACACUUGGAGGCAGAACGAGUCCAUACAGACUACUUUAUUUAUAUCUGUUAUUCAUCAUCAAAAUUUGUUUAAUUUUAAUCAGUUUGCUUUUGUAAGUAAUAAUCUGAUCUCAGACCAGAAAGGCGGCUCCCAAGCUGAGAAUCAGCCGAUGUAAAGACUGUUAAAGUUUAUCUUUUGUAUGCAAGUGUGGUUUCCCUUUAUUUCCCUCCUUCGGUUGUGUUUUUAUGUCUGUAUGAGAGAUGCUUCAUGUUAAAGAACACAAUUCUCACAGCAACCACAAGAACCUCACUCCUCCUCAGUGCAAAAAAAAAAAAAAAACCCACAGAAACUGUAAAUGCUCAGAUUUUUGAAGAGAGUGUAUAUAAUUAUUUGUUAUAAAUGUCAGUUUUGUGCGUUUAUUUUCCAAGUCUAUUCUGACAUAAAAAUAAGAGCGCUGUUAAUAGUCUAAUAAAGUGAGGUUUGCCUCAUAUGAGAAGUAUUGUAGCUUCAUUUCAGGAUGGAAAUAUAUCUGGUAUUAGUUUUAAAGUCUCAAAGUCCUCUUCAUGUUCAUUCAUAACCUUUUCUAUUUUUGUUAAUAAGGAAGAAAUAACCAAAACCUAAAAGUGAGGUCUUCUUCAGCAUAAAAAGGUUCAGAUGUUUAAGAUUAGAAGCCAAGCUGGUUUCAUUUUAAUCAUCAAAUUUUACAAUCAGUCAUGAGUGUUGAUCUCACAGUGUUAGGAGCUCUGAUGUUAUUAACAGCCCAAAACGGCAGUCACUGUGGGACUUGGACAUGAGUAGCCCCACGCUCAUUAGCACUUAAUUAAAUACUGAAAUAAUAAGUAAGUACUAUUACAUUUUGUUAGUUUGUUUUGAAUAUUAAAGCUUGUUUUGUUUUGAAUAAGAGCUGCUGACUGAAAGAACUGCUUGAUGGGGAAAUAUGUACUUCUGCAGAUUUAUAUUUGAGUUUGGGAAAAUUGUAAACUUUUUUUCCCCUCUGAGUUAAAGAGCCCUGGAGUCUCUGUGCAAAGACUGACUUACACCCAUGUCUCCAUAAAUGUGUGUGCAGUGAUGUCCCAGGUUUGAUUUAUCACUUGUAUUUUUUUUUAUUGUCAGUGAAACAUGGGUGCUGCGUAUGGUCUGUAGACCACUUAAAUGCUUUCUGACAAUGAAUUCCUUCAAAUAGACGUAUAAAGAGAUGAAGCGUCACUUUAAAGCUGAUCCUGGGUCAGCGUUUGUGGGAUGUCUGUUUCUGUCUACAUUGAAUAGCACAUAAUGUAUAGUAAAAAAGAAAAAAGGGAUACAGACUGUCCUAAUUCUUCUUUAAUAAAUUUGUUUUUUUUUUUAUAU